GGCUUGACCACCUCGUCGCCGUCGUCCGGUCCGCGCUGUAUAUACAAACCCCAGGCGGUGGCACCGCCUCCACCUCCAUCUCCACAACCCACCUCGAUCUCCAUUUCCAUCCCCUCGAUCCCCAACCAGCAGCGCACGCCAACCGCCGAUCCGGGCCAUGGACGCCAACUGGCGCCCCACCCAGGGGUCGGACCCCGCCGCCGGCGCCGGGGGCGUUGACCCGGGCGCGCCGCCGCCCCCCGCCGGGGGCGACUGGCGCGCCGGGCUCCAGCCCGACGCCCGCGCCAGGAUCGUCAAUAAGAUAACGGAAACUCUGAAGAAGCAUCUGCCAGCGUCUGCGCCAGACGGAGUGAACGAACUUCAAAAGAUCGCGGUGCGAUUCGAAGAGAAGAUCUAUACUGCCGCAACCAAUCAGUCUGAUUAUUUGCGGAAGAUUUCUCUGAAAAUGCUCUCUAUGGAGACGAAGACACAACAGGCUGCUGGAAAUGCUCAAGUGAUUCCAAAUCAAAAUAACUCCACCCCUGGACUUCCUUCAGAAGGCAGUAAUCAAGCACAGCCAUCAGCAAUUCCCUUGAUGUCUCAGCAACAGGCCAGGCAACCAAAUACUACAUCUGUACAAGCUUCUUCACUCACUAAUAUUGGACAGAACUUGCCAGGUGUCAACCAAACAUCAACGAUGCAGAAUGUGUCUGUCAUGCCACAGAACACAAUGAAUAAUGGCUUGGCACAAGGUACUUCACAAGAUAUUUAUGCUGCACAGAGGCAAAUGGCAGGAAGGCAGCAACAGCAACAAUCACAGCAAUUAAUUUAUCAGCAGCAGCAAAUGCUGAUGAAGCAGAAAUUGCAGCAGAAUUCACUCAUGCAACCGCAUAUUCAGCAGCAGCAAUCUUUGUUGCAGCCAACACAGAUGCAAUCUACACAGCAAUCCAUGAUGCAGAUGUCAUCUGGCCUUCACCCUGUGCAGUCUACCGUUCCACAGACACAGCCAAUGUCCAGGCAGUCAGUUACUCAGAGUGGUAUUCAACAAAAUCAAUUGAAUUCUGUACAACAAUCUGUGCCAUCAUUACUCCAGCAACCUCAGCAAUCUGUUGGGAGGCAGCAGCAGCAACAAGCACAGCCGUCCAUGCAUCAACAGCCUUCUCUGCAGCGUCAGCAGCCCAAUAUUCCUUUACAGCAGCAGCAGCAGCAACAGUUGAUGGGACAACAACCAAAUUUAGAACGAAAUCAGCUAAUUGGUCAACAGAAUGGUGCUGUGGAGAUGCAGCAGCAACAGAGGCUACCAGCUCAGUCAAAUAAUCUUUUGAAUGUGCAGCAAACACAGCAGCAGAUGUUGAACCAGCAGUCUAUGCCUUUGCAUCAGCCACAACAAUUGGGCUCUCAGGCAAACAUGUCAAGUUUACAGCAGCAGCAACAAAAUCAACAGCAGCAGCGGAUGCAUAUGCUACAAAUGAAAGCUCAGCAAACGCAGCAACAACAGCAUGCUCAACAACCACCAAUGGGUUUGAUGCAACCUCAGUCCCAACACAACCAACUUCAGCAAUCGCAGCAACAUCUUAUGUCGCAGUUCCAGUCCCAGCCUAAUCAACUACAACAGCAAUUAGGGAUGCAGCAGCAAUCCUCCAUGCAGCAAAGACUUCAAACUUCAGGAGGCAUGCUCUUGCAACAAAAUAACAUGGAUCAACAAAAGCAAUUUAUUCAGGCACAGAGGGGCCUUCAAGAAGUUUCCUCUAGUACAUCUGCGGACUCUACCACUCAAACAGGCCUUGCAGGUGCAGGUGAUUGGCAAGAGGAGAUCUAUCAAAUGAUUAAGAGCUUGAAGGACCAAUACUUUGCAGAACUCAGUGAUUUGUCCAACAAGAUAUCUAUGAAGCUACAACAUGUUGACAGCAUUAUACCACCUCAAAAACCAUCUGAGCAGUAUGAUAGAAUGAAGAACUUUAAAAAUAUGUUGGACCGUAUAUUACAACUGCUGCAAAUUAGCAAGAGUACUAUCCAACCUGCUAUGAGGGACAAAGUUCCUCAAUAUGAGAAACAGAUUAUCAGUAUCUUAAAUUCACAAAGAAGGAAGCCAGUGCAGCCACAAAUACAGCAACAGUUCCAGCCACCUGCAGGACAAGCUCCUAAUUCUAGCAUUUUACAGCAGCAACAAACUUCCCAGAAUUUGCAGCAGCAUGAUAGUCAUACUAAUCCUCAAGCAAGUUUGUCAAGUAUGAGCACUGGAUUACAGUCCUCUGGUGUAGCUGGUAUGCAGCAUGUCCCUGUGCCUCCAACAACAAACUUCAGUGCCCCCACACAGCAAAACGGUGCAAACAUACAGCAUCAGCCUGUCUCUAAUCUGGAGGCUGCUCAAGGAGGCAAUUUCAAUUCUUUGCAGCAUGGUUCGGUGAGUGGCGCAUUACAACAGGGAAACACUGGGCCGAUGCAGGGAACAGUGAAUACACAACCGCAGACAAGUAGUGGCAUGUUAUCUCACAACUCAAUGAGCACGAUGCAACCUAAUGGUAACUCCAUGCAAGCAAAUGCAAGUUCAUUACAGCAGCUGAAGCAGCAACAGCAGGAUCAUCAUAUGAUGCAGAGUCAGCAAAUGAAGCGUCAGAUGUUUCAGCAGUACCAGCAAAAGCAACAAAUGCUUCAACAGCAGUUCCCAAUACAGCAACAAUUACAGAAACAGCAGCAAGUACAGAUGCAGGUUCCACAGCUUCAUGCUGGAAAUGAUGUUAAUGAGUCGAAGGCUAGGCAAGGAACUGCAGUGAAACCUGGAGUUUAUCAACAGCACUUGGGCCAACGCAGUAACUACUAUCAUCAGCAGUUGAAACAGGGUGGUGCUUUCCCAAUUUCGUCACCACAAAACCUCCAAGCAUCAUCUCCACAAAUUUCACACCAUUCUCCUCAGGUUGAUCAGCACAACCUGUUGCCAUCUCAAGUCAAGACUGGGACACCAUUGAAUUCAGCUAACUCACCAUAUGUUCCAUCGCCAUCCCCAUCUGUCGCCCCCUCUCCUAUACCAGUGGAUUCAGACAAACCACACUCAAAUAUAUCAUCACUUACUAAUACUGGGCAGACUGGACAUCAGCAAACAUCCCUAGCGCCCCAGACACAGUCGAUUGCUGUGAAUACACCAGGGAUAUCAGCAUCACCCUUACUAGCAGAAUUUACAAGUGUGGAUGGAAGUCAGGCUAACAUGCCAACUCAAGUUCCAACCAAAUCAGAUGCAGCAGAAAGGCCUAUGGACCGCUUACUUAAAGCAUUGCGAACAACACAGCGCGAGUCUCUUAAUGCUGCAGUUAGCGACAUUCGAUCUGUUGUCAGCAUGAUGGACAGGAUUGCUGGGUCAGCACCUGGUAAUGGUUCGAGAACUGCUGUUGGUGAAGAUUUAGUUGCUAUGACAAAGUGCCGGUUACAAGCCAGGAAUUUCAUAACAAAUGAUGGAAGUGGUGCAUCGAAGAAAAUGAAGCGUGAUAUAAGUGCCAUGCCUCUUAACGUGUCAUCAGCUGGAAGUGUCGACGAUAGCUUCAAGCAAACAUUUAGUGUAGAUACCCCUGAUCUACAGUCAACUGCAACCUCGCGUGCCAAGCGGCGAAAAAUUGAGGUAAAUCAUGCUCUCUUGGAGGAGAUCGAGGAGAUAAACCAAGGGCUCAUAGACACGGAGCUCCGUGUAUGCGAGGAUGAUGAUGAGUCACUCAUUGCCACAUCUGAAGGGACAGUCAUCAAAUGCACAUAUACUGCUGUGGCUGUUAGUCCGAGCUUGAAGUCCAUGUUGGCAUCUGCACAUACGAGUCCGAUUAUGCCGCUGAGGUUGCUUGUCCCUGCUGGCUACCCUAAAUGCUCCCCGGUGCUCCUCGACAAGUUUCUGGACGAACAAAGAAACUCGGACGACCUGUCUAGCCAAGCGAAGUCAAAGUUUGGCGUAUUGCUGCGGGGCCUAGACGAGCCCAUGUCGCUGCGAGAAAUCGCAAGGACGUGGGACGCUUGCGCGCGCGGAGCCAUUGCGGAGUAUGCUCAGAAGAGUGGUGGAGGAAGCUUCAGUUCGAGUUAUGGUCGCUGGGAGACCUGUGUAGUGUAGGUGCUUGAUCCGUCUCUUAUGGUUUGUCCUUGAGUUAUGUACAUUAUAUAUGUCCCGGCUAGAGACAUGAACAUGCUCAGACGGCAACUUUCACAAAAAAAAAAAAAUGACGACCUGAUCAAAAUAAAUAAACGUUGUAUGAACGAAACUUUGGUUAGAUGUUCUUAUAGACUGAUGCUUAUGGAAGAUUCACAUUGUUGGAA